UCGUGCCGGUGCCGCAAACUCAACUUUAACAAGUAAACAACACUUCACUCUCCAACUUUAACAAGUAAUACUAAUCUCAUUCUAAUUUCUCAGCCUCACCACUUCGAGCUAUUCUAUUUUAGAUUUCUCAAAAUAACAGCCUGGAAAUACCAUAAAGAAAAGAAAAAGCAACUCUUUCUCUUUUCUUCUUCAAAUGUUGAAGCUAUUCUGUGUUCCUCAGCUUCUUCCACAUUGUUUCUCUGUUCCUCGUCCUUCUCAUAGGGUUUAGGAGGUGAGAUUUAGAGUUCUUUUGGCGUUUUCAUUUCCGAAAUUAAGCGGCAGAUGGCAGCUGAGCUCGUUAAUUCUGCAACGAGUGAUAAACUACCUGAAUUGGAUUGGACUAAGAAUAUCGAAAUAUGUGAAUCAGUAGCCCGUGAUAAGAGGCAAGCUAGAGAUGUUGUUAAAGCUAUUAAAAAACGCCUGGGGAGUAAGAAUCCAAAUGCUCAACUAUAUUCAGUGAUGUUGUUAGAAAUGCUGAUGAACAAUAUUGGAGAACCUGUUCAUAAAGAGGUGGUUGAUACUGGGGUUCUGCCUAUUCUUGUGAAGAUAGUAAAGAAAAAGACAGAUUUGCCUGUACGAGAGAGAAUAUUUCUUCUUCUGGAUGCCACACAGACAUCACUUGGUGGUUCUUCUGGAAAGUUCCCUCAGUACUAUUCUGCGUAUUAUGAUUUGGUGAGUGCAGGAGUACAAUUUCCCCAAAGGCCUCAGGCAACACAAGCAAAUAAUCCUGCUUCACAAGCAAAGAAAAAAAGUACACUUAAUGGAGAACUUACUGCUGCUAGACAGGAUGUGGUUGCUCAGCAAGCAGAACCUGAAGUUGUUCCUGAGUCUAGUAUCAUUCAGAAGGCUAGCAACGCACUAGAGAUUUUGAAAGAAGUCCUUGAUGCUGUUGAUUCUCAAAAUCCUGAGGGAGCAAAGGAUGAGUUCACUCUUGAUCUUGUGGAGCAGUGUUCAUUCCAAAAGCAGCGGGUAAUGCAUCUUGUGAUGACUUCUCGGGAUGAAAAGGUAGUCUCUCGUGCAAUUGAAUUAAAUGAGCAGCUUCAGAAAGUUCUGGCACGACAUGAUGCCCUUAUCUCUGGUAGAUCUAUGCUUUCUGUCUCAGAUAGGUCUGCAAUUUCAGAUAGAACUACUACAACUGCAAAUCAUUUUGGUCUUGAUGAAGCAGAGGAGGAAGAGGAGGAGCCUGAGCAGCUUUUCCGAAGAUUACGAAAAGGAAAGGCUUGUGCAAGGAAUGAAGAUGAAGGGAACUCAGAUGAGCGCCUCUCUAUGGGCAUGCUUGGAUCGUCUAUUCCAGGAGAGAGAGAGAGAUUGAACCGUCCUCUUAUAAGACCACUUCAUUCGGAUCAGUCAAGUGAUCCAAGUGCAAAUCCUCCACCAGUUGUAAUUCCCCCACCCCCUGCAAAACACAUGGAAAGGGAGAGAUUCUUUCAGGAAAAGAAGGUAGAUGGUUCUGCAGUGUCUGGCCAUAUGAGGGGUCUGUCAUUGCAUAGUCGCAAUGCCAGCAGUUCUCGCAGUGGAAGUGUAGAUUUUAGCGACUAAGGAAACAAUUAUAAGUUGUGAUUUUCUGGUUUGUAUUUAAUUACAGGACUUUUGUUAUGGUUUACAUACUCUCUACUGUGUGUGGUUUUUGUUUUUAUUUUUAUUUUUUAUGAUGGUCGGGUGUUAUAGGAUAGCAGAAGGUUAUAGCUGCAGAACUUCAGAUGAUGCUCUUGUAAGAUUACUUGUUAUUUAAAAGUUUUUCUUGUCAA